AAUGAUGUGAAUUUCCGGUAGGAAAGGGAAGCGGUGAGCCCCAGACAGGCUGCUGUAGCGAGGGACGGGCCCGGGCUGCUGCAUUUGGCUGAAGAGAAUACCCGGGCUGCUCGUAGGGAAGCAGAAUUUGAGAUGUCCCGUGUUCCUCUUGGGAAAGUUCUCCUUCGAAAUGUUAUACGCCACACAGAUGCCCACAACAAGAUUCAAGAAGAGACUGAAAUGUGGAAAAUAAGAGAGUUGGAGAAACAGACAGAGGAAACUUAUGGAGCAAAGAGAAAACGAACAUCUCCAGACAUUACCAAGUCAGCACUAAAAACUAAAAUGCAAAAAUGGGACCACAGUGGCUUCAAGGAGUUAUAUCCAGAAGAGUUUGAUAAUAACAGGGGACAGAUGCGAUCAGAUAGUUUUGAUGCUGAGGUGAGCCGUGACCAGGUGAAAAGUGGAGCAGACCCUGCAGUGACAUUGAGACAGGAUGCACUGAGUAUUCGUGCCUGGAACAAAAAAUAUUCUGAGUGUGAGGCCAGUAUUCCUGACAGGUGGGGUCACAGUGGGUAUAAAGAAUUGUACCCUGAGGAAUUUGAUACAGACAGCGGAGAAGAAAAAAAUCCAAAAAAGAAGACAAACGGGCAAGAGAAAACAAGACGAAAGGAACAAAGGGAACAGGAAUCUCACAAACGGAAAAGGUCCAAAAAGACUCACAAGAAAAAACAAAAAAAGAGAUCUCAUAAAAAGUUAAAAAAGCGGAAAAAAGAACGGGACAAGUCAACAGAAACAUCAAGCGAUAGUGAGAGUAGUGACGACAGCUCGGAGAAACAGAAAAAGUCUAAAUGCAAGAAGAAGACAAGAAAAAAGGCACAGAGGAAAAAGCACUGCUCAUCUGGGCAGGACAGUGACUCUUCCAGUGAUGAAAUGAGCAGCACAGAAGAUGCUGAGUCAGAGGAACAUAAGAGCAGACAGACUAAAAGACAUCGCAGAAAAGACCGUCACAGAUCAAAGCCUAAGGAUGCAGACAAGGUGGAGCGGAAAAGUAGACGGACAAACUGGAAAGUGGCUAAAGAUGAGGGGUCAGAUAGCUCUGAUGAGGAUGACUGAUAAUGCUGGGUACCAGCAAUAAAAUGAGACUGACAUUUUGCUAAAUAACUUUGUGAUUUUUCACAAGGUGCAAUAUGUUUUUCCUCUUCCAUUGGUUCUACUCUGCCCACUGUUCUACUCUUCCCACCAUUCUAUUCUGCCCACAGUUCUACAAGCACUAGAAUUUCCAAUGCAACUUUCUGUAGUUAGCCUCAGUGUUCAUGAUGAUAGCAUUAUUCAGGCAUUGCUGCUGCUGAGCACUUGUCUGGUUUACCAGGCGAUGUUUAACCAGCUGAAGCAAAUUAUCUGGACAUUAGUGGGUUUCCUUAAUCAUGGGUUCCCUAACCCAUGCAUGUAUGCAUUCAAGCAUAUAUUUAAGCCAUUGUAUGGAAAAAAAAAGUGUAUAUAGAGGGAAUCCUUAAAUUUACCUUAACGUGUAUUUUAUAGUUCACAUUUGUGAAGUAUUGUGUGGUGAGAACAUUUAGAAUUCAGAGGGGAAGCAAACAUAUUAUGGCGAGGAGACCAACAAUUUUAUGAGAUUACAGUGCAAUUAUUUGGAACUGCUGUUCUUCAGUUUAAUUAUAUGAAUUCAAAGAGAGUAUCAGAAAUGCUUGCUUCCAGAAUGUGAAGGCAGAUUUUGUAUCUCUCUGUAACAAUAGUUUUAUUAAAUACCCAGUGUUUAAAUAAGAGUCACCGUCAGGGUGAAAUGAUAAAUGAGGAGGUAUAAAAGAAGAGAUAUUUUUGUUACUGUUUCUUAUUGGCUUGUUAACAUUGUACACAGUUCUCCUAUUAUUAACUGUUUAGUUCCUACUUUAACAUAUUACAAAUAUAUGUGGGAAAAGUUUAAUGCCACAACCAAUACUAUAUUCUUACCUGUAUGCAGCAGAUUCUGCCACUGAACAUGGCGAGGCAUUAUGCCUCAGUAUUUGUUAUUUUCUCUAGUUUUAUGUUUUCUUAAGAUUACUUCUGUUCUUAGUCCUGAUACUAAGGCCAUCACCCAUUACAUACAGAAUUGCAGCAGUAUCAAACACCGCUGUGUUAUUUUCUAAAAGGCUGUACUCAUCCUUCAUCAGCUAACAAGAUUUAAAAUGAUGACUUUUUGGUGCUGGGUAAUUUCUAGAUUUAUCUAAAAGCAUAUUGUAACUAGAGAUGCACCGAAUCCAGGAUUUGGUUCGGUAUUCAGCCAAGAUUCUGCCUUUUUCAGCAGGAUUCGGCCAAAUCCAUGGUCCUGGCUGAUCUGAAUCCUAAAAACCACGUGACAUUUAUACAUGUAAAAACAAGUUGAAACAUUUCCGCACAGCCAGAUUUAACCCUUCUGAAACCUAAUUAGCAUAUGCUACUUAGGAUUCAGAUUCUGUUUGGUAUUCGGCCAAAUCCUUUACAAUGGGUCCAGUGUUUCGACCAAAUCCGGAAAAAUGCAUUCAGUGCAUCCCUAUUUAUAAUAUUCACAGAUUGAUAUGAAAAUGUUAUUUCUUGGGCACACAUAUUGCUGCAGUUGGGCUGUGAGAACCCUGGCUGUGCUAUACUGGGCACCAAGUGGCAGCUUUUCAAAUGCUUCUUUACUCCAAGAUUCUUCCAGUCAUUGUGUGCCUUUAUCUUUACUGUUACAUGUUCGUCGGUGGGAUGGCAGGGGGAAGGCAACUCGGGGAGAUUAGUCGCCCGCGAACAAGGAGUUUUGCCACGGGCGACUAAUCUCCCCGUGUGCCAGAGCCCUGAAUGUGCGUAACAUCUGAGUGCCCCAGGGCUUUAGCCUUACAGCAGCAACUCUGCACUCCAGCAUUCAUCGACAGAGUGGGCAGCAGUAUAGGUGCCUUUUUAGUUGGAUUAUUUUAUGUUUCUGUGAAAUCAGAAUUUACUGCUUCCUGCUGUACGUCAUGUUAUAUCUUGCACAGUGUAGCACUGUAAUGACGUAAAAAAGUGAAAGCUUCUUAAUCCAUAGUUUCAUAGGGAUGCAACCAACUAUGGGGAUGCAAGUAACAGGUUGUGGGCUGGACAUUUCUGUUUUCUAGAAAGUCUCUGAAUGCCCCUUAAAACUUGGCAGCACAGUCAAGUGAUUCUAGAAGUGCAGACCAAAAAUGACAUUUGUUUUGGAUUGUUUUGUUGCUAUUCCUUUGUUUUAUCUGCUGUAACUGUUCCUGCAACUACAAAUCCAUGUUUCUUCCAGACUUCUGAGCUAACAUUCCUUAUAUCAUAUGAACGUUAAUGAUCAGGGAGGUGCCAAGUAAUAAAUGUUUUUUCAGAUAAAAUA